CGCGCUGUUGACGGGGUACUUGAGCUGCAGGUUUGCGAUCUCUCAUCACGGACCUUGUCUUGUCUGCCAGAGAAAGUCAACAACAAAUGAGUCGUUGAGGGAAGACUAAAACAGUGAGGAAGAGGAUGGUGAGCAGCCAACCGAAGUAUGAGCUGAUCCAGGAGGUAGGGCGUGGCAGCUACGGCGUGGUGUACGAGGCGCUGGUGAAACGCACCGGGGCCCGGAUGGCCGUGAAGAAGAUCCGCUGCCACAGCCCAGAGAAUGUAGAGCUGGCCCUCAGGGAAUUCUGGGCCCUGAGCAGUAUCCAGAGCCAGCACCCCAACGUCAUCCACCUGGAGGAGUGUGUCCUGCAGAGAGAUGACCUGGCUCAGAGGAUGAGCCACGGGUCCAGCUCCCCACUCUACCUAGAGCUGGUGGAGACAUCUCUGAAGGGAGAGAUAACCUUCGACCCGUGCUGUGCCUACUAUCUGUGGUUCGUCAUGGACUUCUGUGACGGAGGAGAUAUGAACGCUUACUUGCUGUCCCGUAAACCCAGCCGCAAGACCAACACCAGCUUCAUGCUGCAGUUAGGAAGUGCCCUGGCCUUCCUGCACCGAAACCAGAUCAUCCACCGAGAUCUGAAGCCUGACAACAUCCUCAUCUCCCAGGGAAGGACCUUUGCGGGAACCCCCGAGCCCACACUGAAGGUGGCAGACUUCGGGCUGUCAAAGGUCUGCUCCACGUCGGGCCUCAACCCUGAGGAACCAGCCUCCGUCAACAAGUGUUUCCUCUCCACAGCAUGCGGCACGGACUUCUACAUGGCUCCAGAGGUGUGGGAGGGCCACUACACGGCUAAAGCAGACAUCUUUGCCCUGGGUAUCAUCAUCUGGGCCAUGGUGGAGCGGAUCACGUUCGUUGACGUGGAGACCCAGAAGGAGCUCCUGGGAAGCUACGUGCAGCAGGGGGAGGAGAUCGUGCCCCUCGGGGAGGCGCUCCUGGAGAACCCCAAGAUGGAGCUGCUGAUCCCGGCCAGGAUGAAGAGCAUGAACGCAGGCAUGAAACAGCUGAUCCGGGAGAUGCUCUCGUUCAACCCUCAGGAGAGACCUGACGCCUUUGAACUGGAGCUCCGACUGGUCAGGAUCGCCUGCAGAGAGCUCGACUGGGACACGUGAUAAUUGAUGUGGAUAGGAGGAGAGCAGACCAUGGGACUUGUAGUCACAACAUCAAGCACUUGUAUCUAGUCCUAAUUCACCACUGUUAGCUCUGGUGGUCGAGGCCACACAAUGGGAUUAUUUUUUUUUUUUUUUAAGGGAACAAUUCUAACGUUGCAAAGAUUUUGGCUUUGCAGUUGGAUAUUGGUUUAGAUGUAGGACUACUGGUAAACCUAACUCAACGGGUUGAUAGCCAGGCUGUAAAAAUGUUUGUUUUGAAUGUUAACAGAGCAAGGCUGUCCAUAAGCACAUUCAGCUGUUUGUCUCUCAGAAAGAGAGGUGUUGCUAGCCACCCCAGUGGUUUAGGCUAACCUGUUAACUUUAACUCUAACUCUCUUUAGUUGUUUGCCUACAAAUUUCACCCCAGUCUCGGUGCUAAUAAUCGUACUUCGGAUGCAAUUUAUGAAACAGGGAGACCGCAUCCCGUGUAGAUAUGAUGCAAUUCAAUUCCAAUUUAGACACGCCUCAGUGAUCGUAAACUGUGCACGGCUGGUUUUACCAGUAUUCUGUGACCACACUCUGCUCCUCCCCAUCAACACACACUUCCCACUGCUCAGGUAAAAUCAAAGAUAUACUGUUGGUUGGGAUUUGUAGACAACCAGCUGUUUGAAGAGACAUAUCACACAGGACAGUAUUCUGAGCUGGCCCUGAGCCAACUAUGGGAUCAGGCUAAGUCUUGGUAUGCCAGCCCAGCCCAGACAAAACCUAGUAUAACCUCCAGCCCAGACAUAACCUAGCAUAACCUCCAGCCCAGACAUAACCUAGCAUAACCUCCAGCCCAGACAUAACCUAGCAUAACCUCCAGCCCAGACAUAACCUAGCAUAACCUCCAGCCCAGACAUAACCUAGCAUAACCUCCAGCCCAGACAUAACCUAGCAUAACCUCCAGCCCAGACAUAACCUAGCAUAACCUCCAGCCCAGACAUAACCUAGCAUAACCUCCAGCCCAGACAUAACCUAGCAUAACCUCCAGCCCAGACAUAACCUAGCAUAACCUCCAGCCCAGACAUAAUCUAGCAUAACCUCCAGCCCAGACAUAACCUAGCAUAACCUCCAGCCCAGACAUAAUCUAGCAUAACCUCCAGCCCAGACAUAACCUAGCAUAACCUCAGUCAGCCAGUGUCAUAAUUGUCCUGGAAUGUGUCAUGAUUGCCCCAUAAUGAAAAUAAUUGAGGAAUGGAGUGUUUGGAAUGUAAUUAACUUGAGUCACCAUAAUUUUAAAGUCCAGAGAUAGCAAGCUGCUUAUUCAAAACGCAUAAAGGAAUGUGUUGUUGCCCCAAACUAACAUUGAUGUAUUUAACUGAAGAGCCAAUGUUCUGCUUGUAUUAUUAAAAUAUAGUGCUUUUAAUUUAGACUUGAAUUCUCACAACUGAAGGCCAGUGGAGUUCCAAAUGAAACCUGUGUGAACGGAAUGGUUAGGGGCAUGACUUCACUGACAAUCACUUGAUGAAAAAAUGCACUUUUAUUUAGUUAUUUUCCUUUUCAUAACUUACCAUGCUAUUAUCUAUCACCUUGAGACAGUGUUUGCUUGGGGCCUGGGAAGAUAUUGUCAAACGGCAAACAAGAAGUCUCUUACACACACACACACACACACACCGGUGUAUUGUCAGCACACAGAACGUCUACUUAAGCAUGCAAUGCCUCUCCCCUUCAGAGAGGAGAUGGAGGCAGCACAGCACACAGUUCUCCCUGAGCCCAGAGGAUCUAUUUAAAAAAUACAAUUUUGUGUUUUAACCUGAUCUCCUCUCACUGUCAAUUUUCACCUCGGUUUCCCCAGAACAGACACACACCUCUGUUUCCCCUGGGUCCUGCUGGACUUAACGGUAAUCCCUUUCUCCACGUUUCCUUCCGACAGACUCCUACUAAGCCUAUUACGUUUGGUGUAGGUGGCAGAGGUAAAGGAAGGCACUCUCUGGGGACCCAGGCCUAUUGCCUUGCAGGUCAUAAUUUGUGCGCUUCUAACAGUUGUGAAAAUGAAAACGUUAUCAAUAUCUGAAAAAAUGUGGUUUUAGUGUCAUUCAAACAGUGGCAUAAGUUUAAAAAAAUAUUUCAUACGAGCAGACUGUCGCCAACAUUAACCUGCAUUAUUGCCUUUUUUAAGUGUCUUCCAUUGCCAAAAUCCUCUUGUCUUUCAUGAUAUUAACAUACUUUAUGCCUUAUUUUAAUAUCUCCACACACUAGCACCUAGCACUACAUUGUGUGAUUGUUGUGGUGGCCAGGCACAUUUUGUUCAGUUUUGGCUAUUGGGUUUUUAUCUCUGCUAUUUUACCCCUUCAAUAUUAGCACUAAUUGCCCCUUUUAAUAAAAUGUCUAAAGCACAAUCAGCAGUUGCUAUAUUUAACACAAAUAUUAACUUAACAAUUUCAACGAUUUUACUGAGACAGUUCAUAAAAGAGAAUCCAGUCAAUUAAAAUACAUUGAUUAGGCCCUAGUUUAUGAAUUUCACAUGACUGAGCAGGGGUGCAGCCUUAGGCUUGGGAGCCAGGCCGAACCAAUCAGAAUGAGUUUUUGCCCCACAAAAGGGCAUUAUUACAGACAGAAAUCCUUCUCAGUUUCAUCAGCUGGUGGGCUGUCUCAGAUGAUCCCGCAGGUGAAGAAGCCAGACGUAGAGGUUCUGGGCUGGCGUGGUUACACGUGGUCUGCGGUUGUGAGGUCGGUUGGAGGUACUGCCAAAUGAUCUAAAAUGACGUUGGAGGCGGCUUAUGGUAGAAAAAUUUACAUUAAAUUCUUUGGCAACAGCUUUGGUGGCAUUCCUGCAGUCAGCAUGUCAAUUGCACACUCCCUCAAAAUUGAGACAACUGUGGCACUGUGUUGUGACGAAACCACAUUUUAGUGGCCUUUUAUUGUCCCCAGCACAAGGUGCAUCUGUGUAAUGACCAUGCUGUUUAAUCAACUUCUUGAUAUGCCACACCUGUUGGGUGGAUCGAUUAUUUUGGCAAAGGAGAAAUGCUCACUAACAGGGAUGUGCACACAAUUUGAGAGAAAUAAGGUUUUUGUGCAUAUGGAAUAUUUCUGGGAUAUUUUUUCUGGUCAUAAAACAUGGGACCAACACUUUACAUGCUGCGUUUUAUAUUUUUGUUCAGUAUACAUCCAUUUUUGGACUUUUAAUGAUAUGUACUCAUUGAUUCAUGAAUAUUCACUGUGUACAAAACAACAGGAACACCUUCCUAAUAUUGAGUUGCAUCCCCUUUUGCUCUCAGAACAGCCUCAAUUCAUCUGGGCAUGGACUCUACAAGGUGUCGAAAGCAUUCCACAGGGAUGCUGGCCAAUGUUGUCUCCAAUGGUUCCCACAGUUGUGUCAAGUUGGCUGGGUGUGUCCUUUUGGGUGUGAAAAACCCAGCCAGCAUUGCAGUUCUUGACACUCAAACUGGUGCGCCCUCCACAUACAACCAUACCCCGCUCAAAGGCACUUAAAUAUUUUGUCGUGCCCAUUCACCCUCUGAGUGGCACACAUAAACCAGUGGAGGCUGCUGAGGGGAGGACGGCUCAUAAUAUCUGGAAAGGAGCGAACGGAAUGGCUUCAAACACAUGGAACCCAAGUGUUUGAUGUAUUUGAUACUAUUCCACUCCAGCCAUGAUCAUGAUGCUGUCCUCCCCAAUUAAGGGAUGAACCUCCUGUGAUAUUCUCAAUUGUCUUAAAUCCUUCUUUAACCUGUCUCCCCUUCAUCUACACUGAUUGAAAUGGAUUUAACAAGUGACAUCAAUAACAAAUGAUAGCUUUCACCUGGUCAGUCUGUCGUGGAAAGAGCAGAUGUUCCUAAUGUUUUGUACACCUUGUGUAUAUGAGCUACUACAGAGGCUGAAGGAGGAGUUUAUGGACAUGUGACUGUGAAUUAUUACGAGCGCCUUGACAUUGUUUGAGUUGUAUGUUUGCUGUGAUGGUUGAUCCUUUUUCAACAGUUACUUCAGCUUCCCAUAUGUUCUGUCAUUGAUACAGAAGUGGUUUUAGAGUUUGAUACUGUGUUGGUGUGCUAGUGGUGAUAAUUAUGUAUUCAUUGGCCCAACUUUGGUUGGUCAUUGAUGUGUUUGUGUGUGUAUUGAUUGUGUACACAUACAACUGGGGUCACCUACUCAAAAACGUCUUUGCUGCUUCUGAUGAACUUGAUAAGGAGAUAAAAAAUAGCUUGUUGCCUGAAAUAUAAUCCUAUCAGACUCAGAUGUGUCACCUUUGGUGAAAUCUGCAUCCAAAAUGGCAACCUAUUGCCCAUAUAAUGCACUACUUUGGACCAGAGGCCCUGGUCCAAAGUAGUGAUGUGAUAUAUAUAUAUAUAUAUGGUGCCAUUGGGAACACAAAUCGUAAGUGCCCUAUUCAGAACAGGACCCAUUGCAACGACAAACCUCAUCAGUUGAAGAUAAACACCAAGCAUCAUCAGUGUACAUUAUAACCAGGUGUAUGAGGGGCUCAAACUUUUCUAUGACCAAUAUUUCCUUUGUAUGUCGUAAGAUAUUUUGAAGAGAUUCAGUGAAAUGUAUCAAUAAAUGCUGUAAAAUGUCA